UGAUUCCUUGCUGUCAUUAUUUACAAUUGGGGACAUCUAUCUGUCCUUGUCUCUCGCGGUUUCCCCGCAAUAGGUUUUCAUUUUUACGGCCCCGCGCGACUGAGACGGAAAAGCGGGUCCGAUGGAAAAAUAUGAACAAUUUCGUGCUCUUAAAAAUUAUUGAUUUUUCAUCGUUAAAAAACAUCAGAGUGGCUAAUUGCAUACGUGAUGCGAGGUGGCGCGGACGGCGGCCGCUGUAUAUAAGUAAGAAGCAAGUGGCAGUAUUCAAACAAUAUUUCUAGUCUAAAAAGUUUCUACGAAAAAAAGAGUGAAAAAGUAUUAAAAUUGUACUUAAUUAUAUUUAUAUAUUUUACAAAAAUCUGUGAUAGACAAUUUUGGACCGUGCAAUUUUUACAAGCGUUUGCCAAAGAGAAUGGUGUUAGUUUUUAGUUUAUGAUUGUCUGUGGAGUUUCGUAAAUGGAACAGAAGAUGGCGCUGCCGCCGCAACAGUUCUGCGUCAGGUGGAACUCUUACCACACAAAUUUACAGGCGGUAUUCCCCCGACUGCUCCUCACCGAGCAAUUCGCGGACGUCACCCUCGCGUGCGAGUCCCGACAGCUGCGAUGCCACAAGCUGGUUCUCUCCGCCUGCUCCGCCUACCUAGAGCGGCUCCUGCUUAACAACCCCUGCAAGCAUCCCAUCGUGCUCAUGAGGGAUAUGAGGUUCAGCGAAAUGCAAGCGUUGGUGGACUUCAUGUAUAAGGGAGAGGUGAAUGUGACCCAAGAGGAGCUGCCCAGCCUUCUGAAGAGUGCAGAGGCGCUGCAAAUCCGGGGCUUAUGUUCGAGCGACAGCAGUGGCUUGGCUUCCGAGCUGAACAAACCAGAGCGAGACAGCAAAGAUUAUACUGUCGCCACCGAGGCCCUGGUCGCGCACGCGCAACGUGAAGCUACUACCAACGGUCCCCCCGCCCCCCCUCAGCCACAAACCCCCACCAACGGCCCCAUCCACACGAAGAAACGUAAGCAAGAUGAAGCAGAAGUCAAAGAGGAAACCGUCGAAGAAGACGGACUGUACUACGGCGAGUUGGACCACGAGAACAUGGAAUAUAAUGAGGACGAGGAAUCAGGAAAACCCGGCAGCAGUCUAGGACAACCAUCAGGUCGCCAAAACUACCUCCGCGUAAAACCCGAAAGCGAGCUAUUCUUCCAAACGAAGCUCCAAAACCUGGCCAAAGCCAACUCCGACUACAUUAACAGACUCUCCAAAAUGAACGCAACAGAAAUACGACAGGAAUUCACUAAAUACGGCUUCCAAGAGGAACCUAAAGACAAAACUGAAAACGAUUAUUACAAGUCCUGGCUGGAACAGAACGGGGAAUUAGAAGUAUCUCUCCUCAAAUGCGGUCAGAAAAAGCCGAAGCCUGAUUACAAAAACCAAAAAUCUGAAGUAGAACUGAUUCCCAAGCCGAAAGUAGCCAAAGAUUUCCCUAAGAUUCUUGAAAAACAGAUCCGUAGGAGAGGGCGGCCCCCGAUUUUUAAAGAUAGGAACGUCGAUAUAGGGGAGACUGUGCUGAAGUCGGAUUUGGAUCAAUUCUUGGAAGGGAAAGAAGUGAGUUCGUCUGGGUUGUCGCGGAAGGAUUUGGAAAGGGUGAUGAUGGGCAAGUUUAACCCGAACCGGCGGUAUUCGAAUGAGGCCAUGUGGGCCGCGCUUAUGGAUGUCAAGAAAGGGGGGAGUAUUUAUAGAGCCGCGCAAACCCACAAAGUCCCCCGCAAGUCCCUCCGCAACUGGAUGAAGCGGUGCCACAUCAAAUCCUCCUUCCCCAUGCCGCAGCAACUCAAGCAGUUCGUAGAAAACAGCAAGAAGCAGAAAGAAGAGAAAUUCGAGUUCCCUCUAGAAAAAUUCGAAGAGGCAAAGAGUGGGGAAGAUUAUGAGGAGACGGAUUUUGGGAAGCAUUUUUUGAGCUUUCCAGGAGUCUCUAGUGAUGAUGAUAGGGAGAAGAAAGAUGAUUCGGCUAUUGAUAUGACCGUGCAUGAGUAGGAUAGCUAUAGUCAGUCAAAAUAUUGCUAGAUUGGACUUUUACAGCGGUGAAUACAGACAAAUUAUUUAAGUCAAAGAAACCUGCUAAAACACUAAUGUGUUUUUUUACUGAAUGCAGUUUUUUUUUUACUAAUGACUUAAAAUACCUGUUUGUUUACUUGUUUGGAGCGUCACUAGCAAUUUUUGCAUGUUAAAGUCAUGGGCAAAGUUACCGUUUACAUAGUAAGUAACUUUGCCCACCAACAUUUUUAUACUUAAUGGACGCCAAGUUGUGCUGAUGAUGCUAUCUAACGCAACGGGGUUAUAUGCAAGAGCAUAUAUUUUUGAAAGCUUGCACUAGUAAUUAUUGCCCAUAAGUGGUCCAAAUUGGGCAUGAUUGGAUAAGGUCUGAAAAAUCAGGUCUAUAAAACUGCAUGGCCAUUUAAGAAGAAUUGGAUUAAUAUAUAAACUGAGGUGUAUACGACCUUUUAAAAAUUUAACUGCCAAAGAAUAAGCAAAGAUUUCAUUAUAUUAUUUUAAAUAAAUAAAAAUUAUAAUCUAAUUCCUAAUUCCAAAGAAAACAUACUUACCCCGCAAUGAAAACCCAAAGAGUUACUUUUACCCAAUUCUGCCAGUGAAGUUUCCUUUAAGGGUAACUUUUGAAAAGGGUGAAUCUGAGGCAUAUUUUAUUUAUUUUAAUUUUAAUAUAACACUAAGCGCGCAAUUUUAUCAAUUAAAAAAACUGUUUUUAUUUGUUAAAAUUGUGAUUAGAAUUAAUUAAUUAUAAAAUUUAUAUUUAAAUUUAAUGAAAUUGGCCUUUGAGAAAAACUUAAAUGAGUGCUUGUUCGGACAACGUCCAAUAACAAUGAAAAGACUUAAAAUGAAAUUAGAAUAGAGUUAAGGGACAGCCCUGGGACUGGUUUUAGGGUUGUCAAAAAUAUCUGAACACUUAGAAAAGCCUUUCAAGGCAUUUUUGCUGAAAAGGGGUAUAGACAUAAAAACGUUGCCUUAUUAGUUUUGGCUAUAUUGGAGUAAAUAAUCAUUAUAUGUACCGCGAAAGUAUACAACUUUGCCCUUUAACAUAACUUUGCCCAUCGCG